ACAAUGCUGUACGUUGUGAUCCUGGUGUCUUCCACUACAGUCGCAACAAAGGAGAUCCCGAUCACCAGCCCAACGAACUUCAUACAAGAGAGGAAGCUGAAGAAACAUCGCCGCCUAAGACGAGCACAGCAACACUGCCCAGCCAUCACAGCUCAAGACUUCACAGCAAAAGAAGAGAGCCUGAAGACGUCGCCACUGUUGCCAAAGCCUGCAGCGCUGAGACGCCAGAGCUUCAACGCCAGAGUGUUUGGAUCAACAGAAGCUUCCUGCAGCAUUUCUGGUUCCUAUGCUGACUGCUACUACAUGGACCUGACCAGCGUUCCCCAGGACCUGCCGGCAAACAUCACUACCCUUGAUUUGAAAAGGAAUCUAAUCACGACAUUAAGUCAGUCUGAUUUCCAAUCUCCUAACAUGUUCUAUCGGCUGAACAACUUGCAGAAACUUUGGCUGGAUGGGAACACAUUAACAGACCUCAGUUCUGACAUGUUUACAGGGCUGGAAAACUUGCAGGUACUGACAUUGCACGAUAAUGAUAUUAAUGAUAUCCAGGCUGGAACUUUCAACUCAACAACACAAUUGGAAUAUUUGACACUUUAUCAUAACAAGUUAACAAACCUCAGAACUGACAUGUUUAGAGGACUGGCAACACCACAACUGGGAAUCCUGAACCUGGAAAACAACAAGUUAACAAGCCUCAGAUCUGGCAUGUUUACAGGGCUGGGGAACGUGCAGCAUCUUGAUCUGCGUAAUAUCAGCAACAACCCCUGGCAGUGUGACUGUAGGAUGGUUCCAUUCAGGCAGAUGAUGAGUGGGUCGACUCCUUGGUGGUCUGAUUCAUUCGAAAACCAAAUCACAUGUGACGGACCUAUCAGUAGAAACUUACGCGGACAAAAGCUUGAAGAUAUGCGUAUUGAAGAUCUGAUCUGUGAAGAGCCAACAAUAGUGAGCUUUGGGAAGAGUGACAAUAACACAGUGGUAGAGGGAGAGACACUCUAUUUGGUUUGCGAAGCUUCAGGAAUCCCCACACCAGACAUCACAGUCACCCUCCCAUUUGGACUGAAUACAACUGCUGAGUCAGGUGGGAGGGUGACUGUGGAUGUGAAUGGUACCAUCACCAUCAACAAUGUCACUGCAGCAGCGGAUGCUGGUCUGUAUGUCUGCAUUGCAACAAGUCCUGUUGGCUCAACGUUUGCCUCACUGGUUGUAAAUGUCCAUCUGAAAGUGACCACAACUGGUACAAUGGCAAGAGCGACUUCACUCCUUCCUAUGGCUGACCCCUCUAAGAAACCAGACAUCAGGAGUUCCGAUGAGUCUACUCCCACUCUGUCCAUACCUGUGCUCGUUGGCUCUGUGUGUGGCGCAUUAGGAGUGACUCUCCUUGUUGGCACCAUCAUUCUCACAAUCUGGUGCAAGAGGAAGGCCCAGAACCCUUCCUCCGGCCCACCCAAUCCUGUCGUUUUCAGUAGCGCAGCAGCUAGUGUCACGAUCACUGGGCAUGAUCAGACAGGGCAGGGUGGGACACAGGCCACAAGUGAAUCCUUGAAAGAUGCCUGA